UUUAGCUGCUAUAAGAGUGUGUGCAUGUAUCAGUCAGAAGCAGCUUUAUUCCUAGACCAGUCUCUCUUGUUGAAGACAUUAUGGGACAGAAAGUGAUGGGACCCACCCUACCUGCUGGGGCUGCCUGUGGGGAUGCUUUGAUAAACGUGAGCUCAGACGAGUCUGUGCUGAUCCUCAUCAAUCACUGCCGGGACAUGAAGAGGCAGGAGGCGAGGCUCCGGCUAAUCACUCUGCUCCUUCUGCUCGGCUGUACUGCACUGUUUGUUUACAGCACGUGUGCUAAUUUAGGGCAGCAUGGAAAAUCUGGAUCCAGCAGAGACGGGAGUGCAGAAGACCAAACUCCAGCCUACUCAAAGCAAGAGAGAGGGUGCCCUGAAGUUCCACAUGCAGAAACUGUUCAAAGGCAAGUGGAAACACAGAAAAUUCAUCUCCAGUCUACAGGCAAGACUAAUGGAUCUUACAUCACGUGGGCUCCUAUACUGGGAAACAUGAACUACAACAAAGAGAAGAAUGCCAUUGUGAUUCCCACGACUGGUAUCUACUUCAUCUACCUGAGGUUUACUUUAAGCUGUGAUGAUGAUGUGGAAGAUGCAGAAUUCCAGAAAUUCCAUAUACAGCUGCACCGUUGGAGUGAAGCAUACGGUAAAGUCACUACAGAACAGGAUGCCUGGGAGAGUGUCAAGUGUCAGGCAAAAGACUACCAGACCUUGUUUGUGGGGCAGCUUUUUGACCGGUUAGAUGGAGAAUUUUUGAGCGUGAAAGUCAUAGAUGGCUACAACCUGAUCAAGACAUCCUUUUUUGGCGCUUUUCUCCAAUAAUUAUUGUACGUGAUCAUGGUCUCAUUCUUAAUGCAUUUACUUUUUAAGUUAAUAUAACUUGGUGUUCUAUAGGGUUAGGGUUGUGUUUGGUUUGGUUUUAGCCACAUGCAAAAUAGGCUAAUUUCCAGAAACAAGACAAAUUUGCCUUUCAGAUGUAUUAUCAUAUAUUCAAUGAGGCCCCGUAAUUUGAAGGGCAUGUUAAUUGCAUCCUAACCCUAGAUGGGUCACUGGUAACCUGGUGAAUGUUAAGGUUAAAAUUUAAACAGUUGUAUGCUUUAUAUUUUUAAUCCUGGAACUUAAAGUGCCCUUAUGCAAGCCCCUCAGUUUCUCCUGAACCAUCCAGUUUGCGGUUUCAGUGUUUCUUUGUGGUUCAAGAGGCAGGUGCUCCACAUAAGGGUAAUUUCAUUUCAUCAGCUUUAAAGACUGAGCAUACAAAAUGUGUGUGUGUGGUUCUUGUUUUAAAUUUGCACUGAAAAAUGGUUUAAAAUAUUUAAAGAGAAUUAAUUUCUAUUACAUUAAAUGCAGACAUAUACCAAUAUUUUUGAGAUAUUUAAUGAAACCAUAUCCUCUGCUGUUAAAAUUGAAGACCAUUAUUUAUUUUCAGAUUACCCACUCAUUUAUCAAUCUUACAUGUUUAUCCUGUUCCAGUUUGUUAUCCCAGUUUGUUAUCCCAGAGCUAUCUUAGCAUGAGAUGCUACUGUUGUUUAGUUAUUUUGUUAGCCUAGCACCAGCCUUUCAAAUAAACCUCUUAGAUUUUUCGUACAUGCCUAAUAACUUUUGUAAGUCUUUGUGUGUGUGUGUGUGUGUGUGUGUGUGUGUGUGUGUGUGUGUGUGUGUGUGUGUGUGUGUGUGUGUGUGUGUGUGUGUGUGUUCAAAAGCCUAACAGAAAUGUGUUAAUGUUUAAAGAAACCACCACACCAGAUAUGAACAGACAGGUUUUUGUAUUGCUUGUACUCAGGGACGCUUUGGGAAAAAAAUGAAACUAUACUAAUAAAAGCACAAAACUUA